AUGUCUGACCCAAGUGCCCGCAUCAUUUCCCAUAUGAACAAAGACCACCAACUCGCAUUACGCGACUAUGUUGUUGUAUACGGCUCGGUUGAUCCAAGGUAUUUAGUGGAGGAUUCUGUUGGAAUCAAAGAAGUUGAUUCUGAGAAGAUCAUUAUCGAGUAUGAUGUGAUUAAUCCCUCUUCGACAAAGUCCUUGAGACUCAAUUGGAACGAUACCAAGGAAAAUGAAAAUUUGCGUGUCAAUUCCCAUGCAGACAUAAAAGCUAAGCUCAUUGCUAUGGCCAAAUACAGCGCAGAGAAACAGGGGUUUGCUGAAAAGAAAUUGACUAAACUUUAUGGUCCCGAUUCGCUUGGUUUUCCGAUGUACCCAAUUUGGGCCAUAUUGUUGCUUAAUGCUUACAACCCGUCCAUUUUGAGAAAUUUUGUCAACAACACCGAAUUAAUCAAAAGGGCCAUCGAGUAUUUACCAGCUUUUGCUUUCACGAUCUAUAACUGGUCCGAGUUACACGCAUUUAAGCUCUGUAUUGGUUUAUUUGUUGCUCACUUAGGAGAAGUACUUUUUGUUUCAAGGUCAUUCUUGAGGAAAUAUAGAGCUCCAUUCGGAGUAAGAUUGGGGUACUACAUCAUGAAUUUAAUUGAGGGAUUCCCAGUUUUGCUUAGAUUGAGAAAGCACACUUAG